CGUUCAAGCAGCUUGUGACAUUUUUUUCUGUUACUACAAGAUGUUUACUUGGAUGAGCCGUGCGAAUUUCAACGAGGAUCCCGAUAAUUACGCGUGCAAAACCGCCAUGAAACUGCUAAGGAGACAACAGUAACUGGAAGGUACGUGAUCCGGCGUGGUUACGGGCGGCCCGGGUAUGUUUAUAGCCUGCAAACUCUGACAUAGCAAUGGCGUACUGUCGCCGUAAAGGCCGUGCCAACAAAAUUGUCCUCAGCUUUAUUUAGCGUAAGUUAAUUGUGCACGCGGGAAUCCGCCGAAGAAACGACGCCUCGAAUGUGGUGACAUGGCUCAUGGUGACAAGGACUAUUUGUGUUUCUCGGUGAUGAAAAGUGGCGUUUUUCGGUGAUUAUAGUGCCUCGGUUUUCCCCACUGUGGAGUGACCGCCGAUUGCCGAGCGGCACGCCAUCCUGCUGUAGCUGACUGAGCUCUAUACUGUAAAGAGAUUAAAAGCUAUGACUACAUAGCAACACAGGUCUAGUAGAGGUGCCAUGGAUGAUGAAGAGCGUCUUGAGGGUGAGGAAGAAAUGGAAUUAGACGAAGCUUCUGAUGGUGAAGAUGAAGAUGAAGAAACAACAGGAAUUCCUGUUUCUCCAGCAAAUUCAGAUCAAUUGCUUGGCCCUGUACCAACAACUCCUGGUAACAUAACCCCGGAUGAAGCUUUUCAUGAUCCUUUACGGUACCCGAAAUUUCCACUUCCUGGAGGUAAACCUUUAAAUAUUAGGCGCGGUCCAGGUAGACCUAGGAAAGAACGUCCACCCGGAAUUGCACGCGGUGGAACCACUCGUAGAUCUUUGGGAAGAGGGACUAAUAGGGGCAAAGGUCUUGGAUAUGCAAGAGGUGUACCACGUCGUACUAAAAGUAAAGAUGACGACACGCAUUCAGAGUCCCCAAGCCCUCUUCGUCUCGGUGAAGAUACGCCUGAUGGAGAGUCGUCCAACACCGAGAGAUGUAUGCCAGCACCAGAAGAACCACCAUAUUUUCCAGAACAAUGGCCAGGGAAAGUAUGCGCUUUGUGUAAUUUGGGUGAACGAAGUCAACUGGGUCAGGGUGAAUUGUUAAGAUUUACCUGCCCUGAAGGUUUUACCCCCGAAAAGUCCACUAACCGUGACGAAACAACUGAUCAUCUUGUUGAUAUAACUACUGGAGACAAAAGUCCGCGUACAGCAGGUCCUGGUGCUGUGACUUGCCGCCGGCAGAAGAGUCUAGCUAAGUGCAGGAAUACUAGUCUAACAAAUUUUACGGAACCAGUGGAGGAAUUAACUAUAGUUGGGUAUUCAGAAGAACCAGAAAUAGGAACAUUAUUCGAAUCAACUGGGCACUAUUACAUUCAUCAAUCGUGCGCAGUAUGGUCGAGCAAUACCCAAGACUUAACAACAGAAGCGUUAAGCCCGGCAAUAGUGCAGGCUUCGUCAAGGCGUUGUGCUUAUUGUUCUCAUUAUGGAGCUGGAAUUCCUUGCAAAGUGGCAUCGUGCAAUCGUUAUUUUCAUUUACCAUGCGCUGCAGCUUCAAGUUGUUUCCAGGAUACAAAAAGCUUGUCCCUCGUUUGUAGUCAACAUUUGGGGCAGGUUCCACUUUUGUUGAACGGUGAUAUUACUUGUAUGCAGUGCUGUGGGAUGGGAGAUGUUUCCAACCUAGUAAUGUGUUCCAUCUGCGGCCAACACUACCAUGGCAGUUGUGUUGGUUUGGCACUGCUGCCUGGUGUACGGUCUGGCUGGCAGUGUGUAUCUUGCAGAGUAUGUCAAGUGUGCCGUCAACCAGAAGAUGUUUCGAAAGUAAUGUUGUGUGAACGUUGUGAAAAAGCGUAUCAUCCUAGUUGUUUACGACCAAUUGUUACAUCUAUACCUAAAUAUGGUUGGAAGUGUAAGUGCUGCCGUGUAUGUACAGACUGUGGUUCGCGUACACCCGGCGCUGGUCUCUCAUCGCGGUGGCAUUCUCAUUACACCGUAUGUGAUUCGUGUUACCAACAAAGGAACAAAGGUUUUUCGUGUCCUCUUUGUAGAAAGGCAUAUCGGGCCGCCGCGUAUAGAGAAAUGGUUCAAUGUAGUGCAUGUAAAAAAUUCGUUCAUGGUACCUGUGACCCUGAGGCUGAUCCAUUAACUUACCAACACCGUAAGGAAGCUAAACCCGACUAUGAAUAUAUUUGUCUGCACUGCAAAAACAUGGCACUUGUAAAAAGGAAAGAUAAUAUUGAGGAUUUUAGUGGAGAUUUAAGUUUAAGUGCGUCGCAAGAAAGUCUGUACGGUGACGGGGAUUCGUCGGAAUUCGAUUAUCAAGGUGGAUCAGAGGAAGCGCUGUAUUCUAUAGGUCUCGGGAAAGGGAAACCGUUCUGCGCGUCCAAAAUAGCAAAGAAAAGAUUAGGACUCGGCGGUGGAUUGAUCGGUCGACCGAAAGGAAUUGGUAAACUUGGAUACCAAAAGCGACAGAAGAUGACUGAAUUUGGAAGGAAAAGGGGCCCCAAAGCGAAAAUGAGAGGUAUCUUCGGAGUGCCUGGUGUAGGAUUACAGAGGCCAAUGUCGGACUCAUUUUCGAAGGAAGAUGAACCAGGCAUUGAAAAUAGACUGGUGUUAUGUUCGGCAAAGGAUAAAUUUGUAUUGACCCAAGAUAUCUGCGUAAUGUGUGGUGCAAUUGGUACUGACCAAGAGGGGUGUUUAAUUGCCUGUGCGCAAUGUGGUCAAUGCUAUCACCCUUACUGCGCGAAUGUCAAAGUUACUAAAAUAAUAUUGCAAAAGGGUUGGCGGUGCCUUGACUGUACAGUAUGCGAAGGUUGCGGUGAAAGGAAUGACGAGGGCCGUUUGAUUUUAUGCGAUGAUUGUGAUAUCAGUUAUCAUAUUUACUGCAUGGAUCCACCCCUGGAUUAUGUGCCACACGGUACUUGGAAGUGCAAGUGGUGCGCGCACUGUCAGACAUGUGGCUCGAACGAUCCAGGAUUUAAUAGUAGCUGGCAAAAAAAUUACACCCAAUGCGGUCCCUGCGCAUCUCAUACUGCCUGUAUAUCUUGUCAAGACGCGUACAACGAAGGAGAUCUAAUAAUACAAUGCAUCCAAUGCGAAAGGUGGUUGCAUUGUACGUGCGACGCGAUUAAAACUGAAUCAGAGGCGGAGAAAUGCGCGGAGGAAGGUUACAUUUGUAUACUUUGUCGUCCAAGAGAUGUACCGCCGCCCCAUCUUUUAUGCAAUCAACCGAAACCACAACCAAAUAAGUAUCCCCGUUCACCACCACCAACAUCACGUAGCCCAGAAUUGUACAAACCUUCCUCCCAACAAUAUUUGGUCGAUGGUGUCUACCUAUCCGAAGCUGGAAUGAAUCAUAUAAAAUCAUUGACAUCCGAGCAUCAACAAACGAGAAAGAAAAGAAGAAAAAUGCAUCCUUUGAUCGACAAGGAGGCGGACAUAAUGGCUACUAUAGAAUCUGUAGUUGCUGGCGGCAGUUUAGAUAAUUCUUUAGAAGAAAAUGGAGGUAAAUUAGAUUUAGUUGAUGUUAAAGACGAGCCAACGGAGGUGCUCAAGGAGGGCAUGGUGUGGACACCGCGUGGCGAUCAACCGCCGCCCGAAGGUUUUAGUAUUUAUACGACUGAAAAUGGUAUACCAAUUCUGAGACGCAAACGACAGCGUAAUUUGCAAAAAUUAGGCAUCGGAGGUUUUAUCGUCAGACUGAGAGGCACUCGUAAAGACAAAGAGGAGGAUGGAGACCCCGAAAAACCAUCCGACUCUACGGUGAAUGUGGCGGACGACAAACCACGCAGGAAACCACAGAGAAGAAAACCAAAGACAAAACUUUCUGAAUGUUUUCCUCUCUACAUGCAAGAGGCAUUCUUUGGCAAAGAUCUUAUGGACACGACCAAAGACAAGGAACUGGAAAGUAGCAGCGAAUCGGAUAGCGAGCGUAACGUGUCCGGAAACGCAGAUACUAUCCAGCUAUCUCAAGACGAGCUGAAAGCGAUGGAACAGGUUAAAGCUAAGCAAGAGAAAGAAGAGGACAAAAUAUCUACAGAAACUCCCAUAAAACGGGAGGAGAUUAUGGAUGACGAUGAUAGCGAUACAGAAGCCCUCGGUGACAUCUUACCCAUUUCGGGUGACUUGCUGGAUAGUGAUCUCGUUAAUACCAUCAUGAACGAACCGGACGAAGAUUUAGCUAAAGCUAGCGAAGCAUUGGAUGAAUUGGAUGACACGCCAGGACCGACUAAAGAUGAAUUAACAGACAUCCUUAGUCCCCAUUUCAACUUGGAAUCGAUGGUCAGAGAUACAGGAUUACCUAAUAUGGAUAGCAAAGACAUCGAAGAGAUAUUCAAAGGGGUUUUAACCGAUGAAUCUCAAGAAUCUCAAGAAUCGUCGGUCUUUUCUGUUCAAGCUCAGGCGCCGCAUCAUUCGUCCUCUACAACGCCUCUCGUAUCUCCUUCGCCGCAUCCUGGUAUACAAACAUCAAUGCCUAUACCAAGACCUCAAGUACCUGGCACGCUACCCUCCGUUGGUCAAUCGAACUUAAAUUCUCCAAUGAGUUUCCCACCUCCAUCUCCCUAUCAUUCGGAGUAUAGCAAUAGCCCACAAUUCAGUCCUGCUUUCUCUGAACCACCAAGCCCGUGGGUCAAUCCCGAUGACGAGGGCACCGCGCCAGCAGGCAAUACCACAAUCUCAUACAACCAAAGAAGUAAUCUUAAAAUGGAAGCCGAUGAAGCUUUAGGUAGAGGGGCAACUAUAUCCUCCGUUCUCUAUGCAAAUAUGAAUCACCCAGAGUGGAAGACGGAUUAUCCAGCUUGGCCAGAAAGAUGCAAACAAAUACUGAAGAAGUGGCGCGCGCUGCCCAACGAGAAGAAAGCCCCGUAUCUGACAUACGCACGGGAUAACAGAGCUGCGAUUCGUAUGAAAAAGACGCAACAGAUAUCCAAGGAUAUACCAAGCACGACCCCAGUCACUGCAACCAGUGCACCUACCAUCAUCACCAAACCUGUCACAACUAUGACAUCAGCUCAAGUUUCUCCAGUAGUAGCUAUGGCCUCCAACCAAAGGCAGAUCGGACUGUUGACCUCAGCGGGCAGUGAAAAGUCACAGGAAAAGAACGGAAUGACUGUGUCCGCAACAGGGGUGACAGUGUCAACAGCUAGCAGUAAUCAUCAUGCGGAGGUGUGUGCGGUGCAGGGACCGCAGAAGCAGCUAACAUCUACUUCCCCGAGUCCUUCUCCAACAUCCACGACCCCUUCUUCUUCACCCAGGCCCAGCUCUGUGAAUUCUAUUAAUUCCAUUAACAGCCUGGCGCACCAAGAGAUUACCGGUAGCCAGGCUAGAGUAGCUCAGUCGCCAGCCACGCCUUGCACAUCAGCAACUGCUUCUUCUUACUGCAACACGGGCGCCGGUGAAGGGCAGCAUCAAACGUCACCAUCCCAGCAACGUCCCACACCUGCUCACAUUACGAUCAGUACCAGUACAAUUGCUAACAGUCUGAGCAUCUCUCAGCCAUCCCCCACUGCCAACGUUAUGGUGGGGGAGCAAGAGAGACUUUCCAAUAGAGAUCGUUCGAGUAGAGAAGCUGAACAAGAACGUCAAUGGAAACAGUUGCAAGCAUUACGUCAACAACAAGCGCAGAUGCAGCAACAAGUUAUCCACGAGCAACGUGUGCACGCUAUCGCCAGAGUUCAUAGACAAAUAAGCGAAGACAAUACAACUCAAAUAAAUACCGACAAUACAACAGGAUUAACAACACAGCUGCAGGUCUCCACUUCACAGGAUGGUAAUCACAUGGGACCAUUAGCGUCACCGUCACCUGGAUCACGUAACACGUUCGCCACUCCACCUGUGAAGGUUACACGAGGAUUGGUGCCUCAAAGUCCACAUCAGGGCAUACCACGUUUGCCUAACCAAGCGGGCGCGACAAUGACAAGACCAGUCGGGACUGUGGUCAGGCCUGGAAUGCCAAAUAAUUUCACGCAACCCCCCUCGCCGUUCUCCCCGCAAGCGCCGCAAUCUCCUCAUGAUUUUCCGCAGUCGCCAGCCUCUUCGCAAUCUCAGGAUCAUUUUCAACGUUUCGACAAUACCGAAGCUUAUUCCCAAGGCUCCCAAACGCCCAGGUCGCAAAUAUCUGGCACGUCCUCGUAUUCCACGUCUCCCAGAAGCGACGUAUUUUCCCAGCCUCCAGGUACUCCACGGCCCAUCUUUAAUGCUCCUACUACUCGUCCUUCUACUCAUGUAUAUGCACCAUCUCGUACGCCUGAUCCAUAUAGUAGUCAACCCCCCACACCCUCCCCCGCUUCGAAUUAUUCCUCGCCAAGACCAGAAUCGCGGCAAGACACGCAGCAGCCUGAAGUGUUCAAUCAACAACCAGAAGUGAAUAGGCAAUUACGCGACCUUUUGCAACGACAGCAAUUCAAUAAGAAGAUAGAACCGGUGAAUCCUACGUGGAAUCAAGACGGUCCGAACAACUCGGAGAACAAUCAGCCGCAAUUUGAAACAGCUCAUGUACAACUUCCACAACACACUCAGACAACAAGUAGUCCCGGUGAAGGUACUUUCAGACAUCCUCUUCCGCCUGGUAUCGUUAGACCCAGGAUGCCUAUUCAGCCAAACGUCUUGAUAAGGAAUCAAAUCGGAAUAAACCCGAGACAUCCCGUAGCACCAAGUUUAGACGCCAGAGUGCAGAACAUAGAUCCACGAACCAGAAUGCUGCUGCAAAGACCGCAAAUGGCUACGCCUAUACCUCAGCAACAUUUUCAAGCGAGUCAGACGUUGCAAACGCGAAUGCCAACCGCUAGGAAUUCUAUCGCCGAACCGUACGACGUCUUGCAACAACAAAGGUUUCCAGAUCCUAGUCCGGGCCAAAAUAUAGCGCAACGCAUAGUGCGUACGCCACAGGAUAAUUUAAAUCAAGGAAUCAGAAUGUUAGGUUCUCAAGGGAUGGUCAGAGCGCCUCUUAUACCAACCACGGUUAGCGAAGCUACUGUCAGUCCCUCGGAACCGUCAGAGAUUCCGGACAAUGUCACGGCAGAACUUGAAAAAUUGGAGCAAGAAGGGGCACCGAUGGUCGAGGUCGAGGGCGUGAGUGCAAUAUUAGGAGAUCUAGGCGACGAUGAUGACGAAUUGCUUGCUGAAAUGGGAGCAGAUUUUAAUAUUUUGGAAUACGCUGAUCCCGAAUUGGACAACAUAACCGGCGGUGAGAAAACAAAUAUACUCGACUUGGAUUUAGAACAAGUCGAGGUAGAGACGAAGGACGAGAAACAAAAGAAAGAAGUUAAGGACGAGGAGCGAAAACCGGCAGAAUUGAGCGCGACCAACUCGGUGCACACUGAUAUGAGUGACACGUGUACGACGACCACCGUGCAGACGCCAACAGAAACGUCAAAUACUCCGACACAAGCGCAGACAGUACCGCCUAUUACCACGACGUCUCAAACACCGCAACAACCAUCCGCCAUUAUGCCUCAGUCGCAUGCUCAGGCUGUCGUUGUGCAGCAACAAAUGCAUCAGCAUGUGCAACAAGCAGCGGCCAUGGGCAGGCCUAUGCCACCAGGUACUCGGUUGCUGUCGCCUGAUGGAGCAGUUGGCGUCGUCACGUCGACAAACACAGUCACUGUUAGUUAUCCGUCCACAUUCCCUGGCCAUCCACAGAGAAUGCCUCAAACACAUAUCCAAGUGUCUCAACAGCAACGUUUGAGCAUGAGAGUAACAGGUGUGCCGAACGUAGCUGGCCGAGUGGUAGCCGUGAAUCACAUGAUCGGUCCACGUAUGCCCCUCGCGCCACCGCCCCCGCCGCCACCGCCUCCGUAUCCUGGACCACCGCCCCCUUACCCAGGACCCAUACAGAUGGGGCUGUGCCCAGGUGGGCGGGGUAUGACGCGGCCCCCAGUCCAUAUAGGGCACCCAGUGCCGGUGGCAGGUCCACCGAUGGCCCCUGUGGUACAUACUGGUACGCCCGCAAUGACACCUCACCCUCACCGAAGACCCUUGCUUCUGCAGUCAUUGUCACAGGAACAACCACUGUUGCUGGAGGAACUGUUGGAACAAGAGAAACGCGAGCAAGAAAAGCAGCAGCAGCAGCAGCAGCAGCAACAACAACAACAACAACAACAGCAGCAGCAGCAGCAGCAGCAGCAACAACAACAACAGCAGCAGCAGCAACAACAACAGCAGCAGCAGCAACAGCAAAGCGAUAAUACAAGUUCUGGAGGACCUCUUCUCAGUGACAGUGAGUUUGAAAGAUUUAGAGCAGACGUUUUGGGUUCUGCACCUCUUGCUUCUCCUCCACAAGGAAUUACAUCAGUACCUGGAGGAGUUCCUGUAAUUAGGCCAGCUUGUACACCAAGACCACCAUCCGCUCCAGGUACCAGUUGGCAGCAACCAGUCCCGGAUGCAACGAAACUUGCAGCCCAAGUACCCAGGCAGCCGAUCGCAACACAAACACCACCUGAACCGAGGGUUGCCACAUUUAAUAUUUCUCAGAUUCCCGCUCCGCCCACGCCACCAGAGAAUAUUGUGAACGAACAGGAUCGUCAAGCACAGCUACAAUACGAACAGUGGCUAAACCAUCAGCAUCAAGUGUUGUCACAGCAACUGAAGUAUUACGAAACUGAGGUACAAAAGCUGCGUAAAAUACGAAAAUCCUUGAAUAGUAAGCAGCGUCAGCUACGCAAAUCGGGGAACGAAUUGACAGAGAAUGACGCAACCGAGCUACAGCGUAUUUCCAGCGAGCAGGCGAUAUUGCAAAAGCACUUGGACGCGAGUCGCAAGCAAACGCGUCAGCACGGGAUGCUGGUGCAGGAGUAUCAGAGCAAACAGCAACAAAGACAGCCUCAACAGCAGAGUAGCGAACCGUGUUCGCCGUUGAUGUCUCCUUCUCAGCACUCGCCGAUGCACAGUCCAGCUGCUGUUGUUUCACAAAGUCCAGGACCUGGGAACGUUCCUGCGAGUAUGAUACAGCAUUCGCCAGCGACUCCCAUCAUUCAGCACAGUCCAAAUCCACCGUUGCUGCAACACAGUCCUGGCAAUCCGCAAUCGGGAAACCCAGGAACGAUGUCGCCACACAACAUGCAACAGUCGCCUAGAAUCGGAACUCCACAUUCGCAGAACGAAGAAAGUCCUUUCAGUCCCGGUGCAAUGCCAUCGCCUGGGAUGUGUGGUCCUACGGCUACCCGAAUGACGUCUCCUCAACAUCGUGCAAUUAUCACUGGAAGACUGGCGACGAGUCCAGGCGCGUUCACGCCGGACACUCGAAGCACGCAACAGAUCAUCGGAGACCAAGCAGUCCGAGUCCACAGUCUCACGCAACGUUUUGUCCGUCCACCAGCUGUAGGCGAACCUGGACAAAGACCCAGAAUGCAGCUGCAAGGGGGAAUCGUAUACGGGCAACGUUCGCCAUUAGGAAGUCCUCAGCCUACUCAGCAAUCUUUGAUAAGUCAACAACACCAACAGAUGCUUCAGCGUCAGCAGAUUAUCCAACAGCACGAGACAGCUGGGAUUCUUCAAGAUGGACAGAACACGAUCACUCAGCGCACGCUGCAGAUGGCGCAACAAAGGCAGCAACUGUUGCAACAGCAGCAGCAGCAGCAGCAAAUAGCGCAACAACAGAGGCAACAGUUUCUGCAGAUGCAACAACAGCAGCAACAACAACAGCAACACACCAUGCAAAAACCACCGAGUUCUCCUAUGGUCUCUCAACCGGCGAGCUCUCCGAGUCCUCAGCUUCAUCAACAGAUUCAGCAGAAUUACGGACAACCGCCGAGUUCGCCCAUGCCACGCAGUCCCAUGGUUCAACAAACCAUGGGCUCGCCGAUGCUUCAGCAACAGUUGAGUCAAACGUCUCAGCCUCCUAGUCCGAUGAACACGAGGAUUCAUACUCAUCCACCUAGUUCGCCCAUGAUAUCGCAAUACCAGCCACCGAGUCCCAUGUCUCGUCAUCCCUCGACGUCACCGAUGCUACAGCAUCAGCUAAAUAGCAGUCACCAUCCACCAACGUCUCAACCACCUAGUUCUCCCAUGCCCAGGAGUCCUAUGGUCGGUGGAUCGCCUAUGCAAAUGCAAAGAAGACAGUCCACAGGCAACAGUCCAGCGAUGCCCGAUCGACCACAGAGCGUAGAGAACCCAGGGACUCCAAGACCGCCACACACUCCGCACACACCUCACACGCCGCACGGUUCUUACACGACUCAGACCUCCAGCAACAUCACGGUGACCAAUGACCAGCAACAGCAAUUGCAACAAUCUCAUCAGCAUCAACAGCAACCGCUUCCGCAAGAACAAACUGCUUCAACGGAACAUUCGAACAGAGGAGGCGGUAAUCCUCAUAAUCCAUUGAAUCCACUGCCACUCUUGCAUGCUUUCGGUCGAUUUGGAUAUUUUAAACUUGGAUUGAGGGGUGGCUCGCCCAUGUGGUCGACGAAAGCGGAGACCAGCAAGGGGAAAACCUCGGAAUCGCAUCUGCUGAACCUCGACGAGAAACCCAACACUUCUGUGGUGGUGCACAGAAAGACUGGCAUACCGCAAUCAAAAAUAAAUUCUCUGGUGUGUGCUGAUUAUAACGACUUUGACGAUGAUUCCCAUACGCCGCCACAGACACCUCCAACUGCUAUGGAGACCAAACAGGCCACGUCGUUGUCGGAUAACGGGCCGUUGACUUUAGGUAGUCCGAGCAGUAAAAUGGAACCUAUUCCCGACACCACGGAUUAUGACGACGAUAAGACUAUAGUGAACACGGAGGUGACGUUGAGCUCAACCGCGCAGCGAGAUAGCGACGACAUCACUGUGAUAGAUCAGUUCGGGGAUUCUGAGCUCGUGGAUGUGAUAUCAGGGACCCUGGAGGGUGACAUACAGGAGGAAUACGUGCUUUUCGAACCUGGGAUGGUCGUAGAUCUGUCUGCCGAUAGCAACGAUUCUCUCUGUCAGGCGUUAGUCAACGAAGGCAGCCAGGGUCACGAUUUGGUUCAAAUAUUAGAAAUAGAGAAUCCAGAGUCUCAGACCGACGAACCGAUCCUCAGCGACGAGGAUUUGGUGCCCUCUCACGCGCGAAACAAAAAGGGUCUGCGGUUAGACAUCGUCAGGACGUUGCAAUCCGGGAAAAAAUUAGUUGCAGUGACCGAUACACCCGAGUCGCCGGAUCAAGAAGAGCUUCAAGUGGACCCGUCGCCUGGAUCCUACAUGGACCAAUCCCCGGAGCAAGAUCUGAUGGUUUCCUUCGUCAGCGAAUCGGAAGUGGUGAUCAUCGAUCCUAGUACAAAGUCGCCGGAAGAUAAUUUGUCCAAAGAGUCGUGCGCUGACGAGAUCGAAAAGGAUAAUAGCAAUGUUCCAGACCCGCCGAAAGAGAACGCAGUCGCGGAGACUGUCGCGGAAGAUCAAUCAAAAUCGCAGAAAGAAUCAAAACAGAACAGAAGCCCCCCGCCAUUUCUCUUCUCCGAGAAAUUAUUGUACAAUCAAAUGCCACCAUCCAGCGUGCAUCAUGCGAACAUAGGCGUGUCUUCGAUAUGCAGGUCGACGGUUGCCUCCUCCACUCCUGGGAACACAAAUAUCAAUACCAGCAAUGUUAAUACCACAUCCUCCAAUGUGUUGUCAACAGAUGCUGUUAAACCGACCGCAAUAUUCACGACUUUGAGCAUGACGAAAGAUGCUGUGUCUUCUUUCAACAACAAGAAACAGUUGCCGUCGACGAUGGCCAGCAUCGUCGCGGACGCCAAGAUCGCAGCCAAGUUGAGUCAGACGGCGUUGGAGAACAUCAGCGUUGGAUCGCAGCAGAAUACAAGGACAGAGUCUGUGCAGAAGAUCAGCACAUCGAACAUAGAUGUUUCAAAAAGUCACGACAAAUUGACGUCGACUGUCUCUAACGUGCAGAAUGUGUUCACCAGUUUGGUUCAGAAUACUACCAGUGGCGUGGAGUCCAGUAAUCCUACGAAAUUACUUCUGAGCGUGCAGCCAACAUCCGUCACGCUGUUCACGCCAAAAAUGUCGAUACCUGACCUCCCCAAAAAGGAGAACAGCAACUCGGUAGCGAUGACGAAAGAUAAGCUGGAUAUUUUUGAAAAGACGAAAGUCAAAAUUGAGAAGGACGAAACAAAUUUGCGAAAGAACUUGGAGGAGAACAAUGUGGACUCUCUGAGCUCCAACGUUUCUGGUUCGAAUGCAGGCCAGGAAUCAACGCCGGACACUGACAAGAAGAACGAUCCCCUGAAUACAACCGACGAAUUGGAGAGCAUGCUCGAGGCGAUUCAUAAUCCCGCUGAGAACACCAUAAACAGAGAAAACUCUCGCGCGGACAGCAAAACGGACGCCGUGUCGUUGAAAAGGAUAUCUCCCGUCACGGAUGACUUGUCGCUGGUUAACAUUUUGGAAAACGACUCUGAACCCACCGAGAACGAAAAUAAGGACGAGCCAGCCUCCGAAACGCAAAGGAUGAACAACAAGCCAAAGGAAAUCGAGACUACUAUCGCGGACAACAACACCAUGAGCAUACUUCAAAAAGAGAAGAAGCACGACGAAUUGUGUACAGACAUCGAGCCCAGUAAACCGUACGUGCAGCACUGUCUCAACGAAGAGAAGAUGAUGGACGAGUCAUCCGACGACAUAUUGGACAUGUUGCAUAAUAUAAUAUCAUCCAAACCAGAAAUGGCCAACACCGAAAUUCUUCAAGAAGACAGAUCCAGGAAAAGUAUGAUGUACGAUUUGCCAACGCCGUUGGAUACUUUGCCUUUGAAUAUACUGCAGGACUCCUUGAUGGACCUGGAACAGGAACACUCAGACAACGAACAUCUGUUGUCGAAUGAAAGCAAAGGACCAAAGUCUCGGAAGGUCGGCUCGCCGCCCAUAGAACCAACGCCGAAGAAAAGCUCUCCUCUUCCGCAACAGAGCACACCUUUAGUAGUGAGCACCAUAGCGCAACUGCAGAAGUGCACGACAACGGUACCUCAUCUCUCGCCACUGUCGAAACCCACCGAGCUGACUUCAAACGUCGCGAACGUGUCGCACCAGUUAAGAACGUUGCUCUCCUCUCUGCAGUCGAAUCACUCGCAGAACUGCACAACGGUGAAUCAAACAGCCAUCGUGACGAUGGUGUCCGCGAUCUCUGGCCCGAAAGUAGGAAACAUACUCUCCACCGCUAGCACGCCCGCCCCAAAUUCUGUAAAUAAUCUGCACAGCAAUGCUAACGUUAGACUGCAGACGUGCAUGACUACUUCCCAUUCGACGACGCCCAACAAAGCCGAUUUAGAGACUACGACCACUAGUUAUACACCGCAUACAAAGGAAAGUACAAAUUCUACAGUAAGCGUCGUUUCUACGUUGUGCAAGGUCACGCCUUCGGAUCCAUUUUUACGAGUCACUUCCAGCGGGAUGCAGUCGCAGCCUAGCAACAACCUUUCCCUACAAACGUCGUCUGUGAUCACCCCUAGGCCACCGACCAAUUCAGGAAUCUCCAUCACGUCGAACGCGAUGCUGAACGCCAUGUUGGCUGGGACGAAUUCAGCGAAACCGACGAUCGCCGGCCAUCGAACGAACACCGCUCCUACUCAAGCCAGUAAUUUAUUGAGUUCUGUCAUGGCAACCUCGGUGCAACGCACGCAGAGUCUUCAGGCGAUACUGCAAGUGAGCUCUGGUAUCUCCGUUGCUCCCUCACGAGUUGUUGUCAACGCUACGUCGACCACCGUCACCACGUCCAUGCAGUGCGUCAGAACGAUUGUACCUCCUAUAGUCACCUCGAGUACCAACAGCAUCAACGUGACCACCAGCAUACUGCAAAGCACUCUGUCACAGACGCCGACUCUUUUGCAUUCUCAGCUGACGUCUGGACAGGGCCAAUACAAACCAACCGGCCAUUUGGCGGUGGAUAACAAGAACACCGAUCUUGAGAGACUAGCGCAGAGUACACCGUUGAAAAAGGAAGAGGAAUCGAACUGUAAAUCGCAAUCCGUGCUUGAAAAGCCACCUGCCAGAGCCGACAUGGACAUGAGCAAAGGUACUGCUGGAUCGCAUAGGAUGGAAGAGUCGCAGAACGUACUGCUGAAACAGUUGUUGCAGAACACUGCGUGUGCUACGACUACCAUGUCUUCUGGUUCCUCUCAAGGUCCGAGUUUGCCACUGGUACCGUCUCUGGAGGCACAGCUGGCCAGGCCAGUACCACCCACUCCAUUUUCUGUCUUACCACCUCUGUUGAACGAAGUGCCAGCUCCCAAGAUCUCCAGCAACAAGCAAGUCCUCGCCCGGGAGACGUCGUUUCUAUCGCAGACAGUGACACCUUUGAAGGUGCAGAGUCCACCAACCAAAGAAGAGCCACCAAAACCACCUCCGCCGUUGUCAACCGCCGCGCCAGUUCUGUCCCAGCAGCGCAUGGUCGACAGUUUCGUCAAGCAACAAUCGACGCCGCAACAAUCGACGAAGACCACGCCUAUAGUGAACCAAGGAAGCCAACAGUCCACGACCACGAUGACCAAACAGCUACCGCUCACGGUGAAGCCGCCGGACACGACCACGUCUAUCAAACAAGAACCUGCUGGCACUCAACCGCCAGCGAAACCUGCGAACGACUCCGUCAUCAACAACAAUGUUCCAGUGCAACAGCAAUGCGUGUCGGCUCCCAUGGUCGUUUCGCGAGUCGUGCAACAACCGAAACCCGUGAUCACCACUGUGGCUUGUAAAAAUAUACAGUCCACGACGCAACAACCACCCAGCUCCAUCCAAGUAGCGCAAUCAUUGACGACCGUCACCACCAGCCAGCCGCAAACGCAACAACCUCAGCCCCAAAUACCGGUUACCCCGAAGUCCAUUGUUUCAACGCAACAGCCAUCCCCACACGCAAACACAAUACCGCCAUCAGUGCCUCAUACGGUGUCUCAUACUGUGGGUCACCAAGCCCAGGCGUCACAGGGUGCGAAUGCACAACACACAGUGCCUUUAGUGGAAGUCAAAAAGGAAGUUCUUGACGAAGUUCUAUCUAGUGGUACACCUACCCAAUUAACCGAUACCAAAGACUUUCUUACUGCCAAAGAGGAGCUUAUCGACGGAUCGAUUGACGACAAAACUGAUCUCAAGAAGUUGAAAAGGCGACAAUAUCAACAGAAACGGAAACAGAGCCAGGGGAAAGACGCAGCGACGGCGCCUCAGAAGAAGCGCGCCAGGAAGGUGUCUCGCUUGGACGAGGACUACGACACGUUUAUUGACAAUUUAAUGACACAGUUGCGGCAACUUCAGCCAAUGGCAGUAUUAGAACCCCUUCUAGGCAAAAAUUAUGGCGUGUGCCCUAUCUUCGGCUCGGGAGACUUGACGAAAAUUGGAAGCCAAAAAGAUUACAACACCAGGACAGGAGAUUUGGUGGGUUCGUACGGAUCCGCUACGUUGCCGGGUGUCUCUGAUCACUAUAACACACAGCCAUUCGGUGAAUUAGAACCCUUACCGCCUCAACAGCCUGCUUCUACACAGAGAGGAUUCUAUGAUCAAGAAUUUCCACCCCUUAAAUUAGACGAUUCCGAUGAAAAGAAGGAGAACUCUUUGUUGGCAAACCGUGAUGUCGAUUCUCCUGAUACAAUAGUCAGUUCAUCUUCACCCGAAUGCGUUAUCCCAGAGUUCAUACACCGAUUCCCUGGUUUGAGAUUGAUCGAAGAAGAGUCGGACGAGGAAUCUGACUGGUUGAAACGCGUGUCACCUGUGAUACCUUUGAUAUCCCCGAUACCGAUCAGGCUCAAACCGGCAUACGUCAAAGAUACGGCUAAACAAGAUAAAGAAAAUCUUGGAAUACCGAGACUCGGAAAAUCACCUCCAAUACCUCUGAGAGAUGGCAACGUAACAGUUACAUUAACAUUAAAUAGUCAGGCUGCAGACGACAUAAUGGGAGUACUUAAAGACUUGGCUAAUAUUUUAAACAUAGCUCCUCCCACUGGUUACCAGAUAGUAGAACGUACCACUACUCCCCCUAGUCAGAAAUUAGGUCUUUAUAGAACCAAGGGAAAAGAUGGUAAAGAGGGAGCUCCAAUUGAUAUACAAAGUAUUUUGAAUGGCGCUGCCAAAUUCUGUCGUCAUUGCGAGGUUGUGAUAUUGAAUAGUUUAAUAAGGAAGAAAGUAUCAGACUUACCAUUUUUAAGUAAGGAAGAAGCGGAGCCUGGUGAUGAAUUAUGUUUCUGUUCGGCAGCCUGUUACAUGCAAUUUGCCCUCAUGCAUAGAACACCCUCGAAUACGCAAUAUAAGGCUGCAACCAUAGUAGAUCAUUUAUGUCAUAAAAUAGACAGUAAGAUAUUGGACGACGAUUUUAAAAAGGGAAAGAAAUUUGUAAUCAAACAAUCGAUCGAGCCCGUUGAAAGCAUGGAAAUUGAUCAGGUGGAGAAGGAGUCUGAAAUUAAAAUAAAAACUGAGAAGGAAGAUCACGAUAUCACGGAUAUGAAGGAGGAAAUAAUGGAGGAAAAGAGGUCGAAGAAACAUCCCGCCGUGGAGGAAUCCUCGACCGAAUCGACCGAGCCCCAGCCACCUGCUAAAGUAUGGAGAGGCUUACGGUACAAAAGUUGGACUAUUGGCUCGAUGCAACCUCACACAAAGUAUAAAAAACCAACCGACAAAGAGAUCACGGAGAUGCUUUUCCGUAUGGGGGUGACGGUUAUACCUGCUAAGGCGGAAGACAGUCGACGAUGUAUGUUUUGUCACAAUCAAGGUGACGGUACAGCCGAUGGCCCCGCUAGGCUACUUAAUUUUGACGUCGACAAGUGGGUGCACUUGAAUUGCGCCCUCUGGUCGGAAGAUGUGUACGAAACUGUAAAUGGUGCCUUGAUGAAUCUCGAUACUGCUUUGCAACAUAGUCUUGUAUUAAAUUGUAUUGUUUGCGAGAAGCCGGGAGCUACAGUAAAAUGUUUUAAAAUGCGCUGCACCAACGUGUACCACCUUGGCUGCGCUGUCAAAGAUGGCUGUGUUUUUUAUAAGAAUAAGAGUACCUAUUGCUCUCAACACGUGCAAAAGAACGAGAAAGAUAACGAGCUGACGACGCUAUCCGUGUAUAGAAGGGUGUACGUAAAUCGUGACGAGAACCGACAAGUCGCAGCUGUGAUGCACCAUUCGGAGCACAAUCAUUUAUUGAGGGUCGGGAGCCUAAUAUUUUUAAGCGUCGGACAGCUACUUCCGCACCAGCUCGCCAACUUUCACACACCGAACUACAUCUACCCGGUUGGAUACAAGAUCGUCAGGUUCUAUUGGAGCAUGAGGAGGCCGAACAAACGAUGCAGAUACGUCUGUUCCAUUCACGACGUUUCCGGCCGGCCCGAGUUCCGGGUGCUGGUCCAAGAGCCCCUCCAAGAGGACGUCGAGCUACGGGACGCCACGCCGCGCGCCGUUUGGAGCAGAAUCCUCGAGCCGCUAUCCGACCUGCGAAGAACGACGCACAGCGUCCAGCUAUUUCCGCGUUACGUAUCCGGCGAGGACCUGUUCGGGCUGACCGAGCCGGCGGUCGUUCGCGUCCUCGAAAGUCUUCCAGGCAUCGAAACCCUGACCGAUUACAGAUUCAAAUACGGUCGUAACCCCCUGUUGGAAUUGCCGUUGGCGAUCAAUCCCACGGGCAGCGCUAGGACCGAGGCUCGCCUGCGCAAUCAGCUGCCGUGGAAGAGGCCGCACACGCAGCGCACAGGCUCCUCGGCCAGGGCGACGUUCGUGCCGACCGCGACAGUCGCCGGCGAGGUGGCGUGCCCCUACUCGAAACAGUUCGUUCAUUCCAAGAGCUCGCAGUACAAGAAGAUGAAGCAAGAGUGGCGGAACAACGUCUAUUUGGCGCGCUCGAAGAUACAGGGACUGGGAUUGUACGCUGCCCGCGAUUUGGAGAAGCACACUAUGGUCAUCGAGUACAUCGGAGAGAUCAUUCGCACCGAGCUGGCUGAGACCAGGGAGAAGCAAUACGAAGCAAGGAAUCGUGGUAUUUAUAUGUUCCGCCUAGACGAAGAGAGAGUGGUCGAUGCAACGUUGUGCGGGGGCCUCGCAAGGUACAUCAACCACUCUUGUAAUCCGAAUUGCGUCGCUGAGAUCGUUGAAGUCGAACGUGAUCUUAGAAUUAUAAUCUUUGCGAAGCGAAGAAUCUCACGUGGCGAGGAGCUGGCAUACGAUUAUAAAUUCGAUAUCGAGGAUGACCAACACAAGAUAGCAUGCGCAUGUGGCGCGCCUAACUGCCGCAAGUGGAUGAACUAAAGAGCUCUAUCCACCGUUGUUAUUGUUACUACGUUAUUGGGUAGGUUUUACAUGAAGAAAAAAAAUAUAUAAAUAUAUAUAAAUGUAUAAAUAUAUAUAUAUAUACCAUGUAUAUAUAUCGUGUAUAUGUAUAUAUAUAUAUAUAUAUAUGAUAGACACAUUAUUUAAUUUGUAAAGUGCCAUUGCAGUUUGACUAAUUGAGAUUCAUAGUGAAGUUGGUGCUAUGCCAUCACAACAUUCCUCCAAAGUUGUACAAUAUUAGUUUUACUUUACAAAACAUAGAACAUUGAUCGCUUGUAUAUUACGGACACACUCGAGGACACGACACGGAAUAAUUGCGAAACAAAUUUUAUGGGUCGUGUGUAUGUAUACAGGAAGUUUGUAUCUUUGUAUGUUGAGUAGAGUCAACGGUUUAGUUGACCGAUAUUGUAAUAUAAAUCGUUUAUUAAUUAUUAUUGCAUAUACAUUGCACUGUAUCUGUACAUAAGUAGAGAUCCAUGUUAUUUUGAAUCACCGGAUGAAUUAUGUAAAGUAACAGUAUCUAAUUUAGAAUUAUAUACAAUUAUAACUAUUUCAUUAUAUGAUAAUA